AAAAGAAAUGGAAAGACAAGCUGCAUUGACAAUGUUCUUAACCUUUGCAAUUGCAAGUGUCUUUUACAAUGGAGUCUACGGAACAGCUUCCCAAGAGAUCGAUAUGAUGUUAAACACUCUUAAUAAACCUGCAUUAAAGACGAUCAAAAGCGAAGAUGGAGAUAUAAUAGAUUGUGUGGAUAUCUAUAAACAACCUGCUUUUGAUCAUCCCGCCUUAGCAAAUCACAAGAUUCAGAUGAAACCGAGUGUGGAGUUUGGGUCAAAGAAGAGUAAUAUUCCAAAGAGCGGUUCUUCUAAACCCGUUACAUACCAGAUUUGGUCAAAAUCUGGUAGAUGCCCGGUAGGGACAAUACCGAUUCGUAGAGUCAGUAGAGAAGACAUAAGCAGAGCCUCUUCACCGUCUCGGUUUGGAAGAAAAACUCCUCACAUAUACAAAUUUCUCGACCAAGCACACCAACACGAGGCUAAUAUCAAUUUAACCGCUGAAAAACCACACAAUCCCCGUCCACAAGACCGGUCGGAGGCGUUUCUUCUUGCGGUAGGGUCCAAUUUUCUCGGUGCUCAAUCCAAGAUAAAUGUUUGGAAUCCCCAAGGAGUUCAAAAAAACGACUACAGCUCCGCGCAAAUUUGGCUGCUUGCUGGUCUCCCGGAAAUAUCUGAGACCAUAGAAGCUGGUUGGGUGGUGAAUCCAGGCGUUUUCGGAGACAACCGCACACGACUCUUCACCUAUUGGACUACGGAUGCAUACCAUAAAACAGGUUGCAUGAACCUCUUAUGCUCAGGCUUCGUGCAAACAAGUACUCAGAUAGCCCUAGGUGCAACCUUAAAACAUAUUUCGAGUAGAUUGUUUAAGCAAUAUCACAUAACCCUUAGCAUCUUUCUGGAUCCGAAAGGGAAUUGGUGGCUAUCAACCCCACACUUCGUUUUGGGAUACUGGCCAGGGACACUCUUCAAACACCUAAGACAAAACGCGACCGCAGUGCAGUGGGGUGGAGAAGUGUAUAGCCCUAACGUGAGGAAAAAGCCACACACCAAAACUCCAAUGGGAAGUGGAGAGUGGCCAUAUAACCUCUAUACCCGCGCUUGUUACCACACCAACAUUAGGAUCAAGGACUCUUCCUUGCAGCUCAAGUAUCCUGAGCGUCCCAUCGAGUUCUCGGAUGAGUACGACUGUUAUUCUACAGUUCUCCACAAGAGAACAGAAGAGUCGGAGCCGCAUUUUUUCUUCGGAGGGCCUGGCCAGAGUCUUCGCUGCCCUUGACCUCAUCGUUUUAUAAAGCUUCGUUUCUUCUCAUAGUUUUUGCUCAUAGAGAGAGAAUAAAAAGGAUUGUUAAGUUAUAAGCUUAUAUAUUAAUUAAAUCUAA